AUACUGUACUCUUCUUUAACUUUGACUGGAAAGAAGUAGUCUGGUGCUCGAAAACGUUUUCAAUUUUUAAAGGUGAACGGCUCCGUUAUACUCGGAAGCCAUGGGGAUGUCAAGACUAGAAAUAAAUUUUCGACGAUUACUGUCCCAGUGUGAACAACUUGCCAAAGAUGAUCAACAAAACAACUGGAGAUUAGAGAAGUAUGUUGGUUCACUGGAUGAAAUGGUGGCAGAUCUUCAGAAACUUCCAAGCAAACCAGAAAAGGAUACAAUGUCAGAGUACGUCAGGAGAGUGACCUUCCUUAAAAGGCUAAUUGAAACAAAUAAACUUCCGUCGCUGGCAGAGAAGGUGGUGGCGGCCCAGAUGUUGUCGCACGGUCCGGCCACCAGCACGGACACCGCCUCUAAAGAGAUACACCAGAAAACUACUGCCAAGUACAGCAGAGAACUCAGAGGCCAGUUGUUCAACAGUGGAAAGGCCCAAGAGUCGGAGGAUAAUGUCCGGCAGAGAAAAGGGAAGGCCUCCACCGAGGAUCUGGAUGUGCUGCUCAAGUACCACCACUCCAUGCAGGAGAAGAUAGCGGAGGACAUGCUACUGCUGGCUCGCAACUUGAAGGAGCAGUCGCAGCUCGCAAACACCAUCAUCAAGAAGGACACUGAGACUGUCCAGAAGUCGUCACAGCAGGCGGACAAUAACCUGGACAAGCUGAAGGUGGCGUCUGAUCGCCUGGGAGAGCACAGUCGGCGAGCCUGGAAGUGCUGGCUCUGGGUCAUGAUAGCAGCUGUGGUCGUAAUCUUCAUAUAUACGGUUCUUUUCAUGAAACUUUUCAAGAAAAGUAAGUGAUGAACAUUAACUUGGAGUUCAACAAUUUUUCCGUUUGUUUUCUGUGAAAUUUUAUUAUAAUUUUUAAAAGAUUAAUACAUAUAUUAUUGUGUUACUGUGACUUAAGUUUAUUUGUGUUUAAUUGCAUUUAUUUUGCAAGUUCUGGUACUGCUUUUGAAAAAAACACUAAGUCAUUGACCUAAGGAAGAAAAGAUUUUAAAAUGUUUGUGCCACUAAAUGUGAUAAUUGAGUAUCAAAAACAGAUUUUACAGGCUAUAUUGUGCAAAAGUUAUAUGCACAAUUUUAAUUUACUAAACUUGAAAGUAAAUAUAUUUGAUAGGUAUGACGCCGACCGCUAAUGCUCCUCUAUGUCGCAUAGACCGCUAUGCCUCAUCAACGUCUCACAAAGGCGUGUGCAAAGAACGCGCUCGUGCGCGCACCAUAGAGCGUGCAACGAGGCGAACGCCAGGCAACAAGUGCUACGUCGGUGGAAGGAUCCGGCUGGAUGUGGCAUAUCCCUCCGCCGAACUACAACAAAUGUAAUAUAUGUAUUUUUUCCACAGGAUUUUAUUAGACAUUAUUUUCAUCAAUUAAUAUUUUAAUUCCUUCAAAAUUAUGUUUCACUGUGCGCCUUGUCCCAAACCUGGCCGGUUCAGUUUCCUGCGAAAAUCACACGUUUCCACGGGAGGGCUGGCGGGGGAGGGGGGUCACGCGCUGUGAGAGCGGCAGUGUCCAGGAGCUCGGAGAGGCCGGCAGCUCCGCGCAACACAGAACCAGCAACUUUUGUUUUCACCGACAUGUAGUUUCAAUAGUCGUAAUCUUUCUCAAUCUUUUUCGUACAGUUCCGUGGUCGGCCUCAAUUUAUCAUGUGGUAUUUCACUUAAAUUAAUCAGUGCUCCAAGACGAGUGUUCAGCAUAAUACGUAAGUACUGUGGGGAGUCUACGAGAAGUUACGUCGGCGCUUCACGCAACAACCUAGCCGACCGGCUACAUAGUUUCAGCCCGCACGGGGCAGCCAGUAGGCGACACGUGCCAUCAAACUUAUUAACGAGUCAGUAUCUGAGACAAGUCUAAGAGUCAGGUAGAGUCGCCGGAGUUACGGGCCUACGAGUCAUUAGCCCAGUGUAAUACGUAAGGUGUAAUAGUGAAGUUUUAUUCGUCAGGGUAUAAUAUGUCAUAUUAGGGUUUAUUUUGUAACCGCCGCUCGGUAUCGUGCCACCAAACUUACUAACGAGUCGAUAUCUGGGACAAGUGUCAGGUAGAGUCGCCGGAGUUACGGGCCUACGUGUCAUUAGCCCAGUGUAAUACGUAAAGUGUAAUAGUGAAGUGUUUUAUUCGUCAGGGUGUAAUGUCAUGUUAGGGUUUAUUCUGUAACCGCUGCAUCAUGUGCAAGAAGGUCCUUCACGCGUAGUAAAAUCGUGUGACUAUUCAAUUCGGGACAACCGUUACGACCAGGACGGGCAGCACUAUGUAUAGGGCUGUGCCGUAAUAAAUUCAUCAGGCAUCAAUCAGUAA